AGAAAGCGUGGGAACUAAUACAUGGUGCUGACACGGGAAUUUUUUCCUGUACCCAUCAGUGAAAGCCGCAGCGAUAAUUCGCUUUCAGCUGGGCACAUAUAAAUACCGCCACCAUCAAAAAUGUCCACCUGAAAAGUCAAGAUCAUAAAUUGAAGGAAGGAGCUUCAGCAGAGGAAUAAGCCGGAUAUACUGGCUAUUAUGUGGUCUUUAAAUUUACUUUUCUUGGUCUUGGGGCUUUGUGCCUCUGGUGCAGUGGCCCAAUGGGACCCAAACACUGUGGAUGGACGCAGUGCCAUUGUGCAUCUAUUUGAGUGGCGCUGGAAUGACAUUGCGGAUGAGUGUGAGCGGUUCCUGGGACCAAAGGGUUAUGCUGGUGUCCAGACUUCACCUCCUUCAGAAAAUAUCAUUGCCUACAUUGAUGGAAAGAGCAGACCCUGGUGGGAACGGUAUCAGCCCGUUUCCUAUAAACUGGAGACCAGAUCUGGAACAGAGUCAGAAUUCAGAGACAUGGUUCGCCGCUGCAACAAUGUGGGAGUCAGGGUGUAUCCAGAUCUGGUGAUCAACCACAUGUCUGGCUACUGGCCUGGUGGAACAGGGGCUACUGGUGGCUCCAACUUUGACACAGGAUCCUUGAACUACCCUAACUUUGGGCCCAAUGACUUCCAUGGAUCAUCUGAUUGUCCAACUGGUUCAGGCAACAUUGAAAACUACAAUGAUGCUAAUCAGGUGAGAAACUGCAAAUUGUCUGGUCUGAACGACCUUAACGGAGGUUCCGACUACGUCCGAAACACAAUUGCAGAAUACCUCAACAGACUUGUGAGCUACGGUGUGGCUGGUUUCAGGAUUGAUGCUUCGAAACACAUGUGGCCCGGUGACAUUCAGGGAACUCUUGCCAAAGUCAAUGAUUUAAGUACAGAACAUGGAUUUCCAGCUGGUUCCAGGCCUCUCAUUUAUAUGGAGGUCAUUGAUCUCGGUGGAGAAGCGGUGUCACAGAAUGAAUACUACGGCUUGGGCAGAGUGACUGAGUUCAAGUAUGGUGCUAAUUUGGGUGAAAUUUUCCGACGCUAUAAUCAGCUUCAAUACGUCAGCAACUUUGGUGAAGGUUGGGGCUUUGCUCCAGGAAACAAUGCCCUGGUAUUUAUCGACAAUCAUGACAACCAGCGUGGACAUGGAGCUGGAGGAGCAAAUAUUCUCACCUUCAGGCUCCCACAAUUGUACAAGGCAGCAACUGCUUUCAUGCUGGCCUGGCCUUAUGGAUUCCCAAGGGUGAUGUCCAGCUACUACUGGGACCAGAACUUUGUCAAUGGCGCUGACGCUAAUGAUUGGAUUGGACCACCUCAUGAUGGAAACUUCAACACUUUACCUGUGCAAAUUAAUGCUGAUGACACUUGCGGAAACGGUUGGAUUUGCGAACAUCGUUGGAGGCAAAUUUACAACAUGGUUGCCUUCAGAAAUGCGGCCGGAUUGGAGCCGGUGCAAAACUUUGUGGUGGGAUCCGCGAACCAAAUCGCAUUCGCCAGAGGAUCCAAAGCUUACAUUGCCAUCAAUAACGAAGACUUUGAUUUCAAUGGAACAUUCCCCAGUGGUUUACCAGCUGGCCAAUAUUGUGAUGUGAUCUCUGGAAAUUUGGUCAAUGGCUCAUGCACUGGAAAAACUGUCACAGUGAAUGGCGAUGGAUCUGUCAAUGUUAACGUACCAGCACCUGGUGGAGACGGUGACAGAGUUCUUGCCAUUCAUGUCAACGUGCAUUAUUUGGUCAGGAAGAAAUCAGGUGAUUUCUUCCUGACUCAGGAUUGGAAAAUUCAGGAAAAUCAAGGAGGCGAUGACCACUUCUUGGCCUUGGAGAUGGGGUUGUUGUCUGGAACGGUCAAGAAGAACAAAUGGCUGCUGAUUGGAAUCACUUUUGCGAUAGUUAUAUGUCUUCUGGUGAUAAUUCUUCCGAUUCUCUACACGGAUUGCGAUGCUUUGAAAAAUUGCAAACGAAAAACCACUGCUGUCAUCGUCAGGGAAAUUUUGAGGGAAGUGCCUUUAAUUGAUGGUCACAACGACUUCCCCAUGAUUUUGCGGGAUGUGCUGAAGAAUCAGCUGGAAAAGCAGAGGCUGGAUGAAAGCUUGCUUGGGAAAAAAGAAUGGGAUGCUACUUCUAGUAAUCAUGUGGAUAUUCCAAGGCUGAGAGAAGGUGGACUUGGUGGACAGGCUUUGGAGCAGAUUGACGUCACCAAGCGGAUGAUUGACAUGUAUUCAGAUGAUUUCCAACUCGCCACCAGUUCCGAAGACAUUUGGAGAGCGUUUCGCGGCGGCAAAAUAGCGAGUUUGAUGGGCGUCGAAGGCGGCCAUGUGGUGGAAGAAAGCUUGGCGGUUCUGAGGAUUUUGUACGAGGUCGGGGUUCGCUACUUGACCCUAACCCACAAUUGCGACACACCUUGGGCACGGUAUCAUGAGAGCUCAGAGGAAGGAGGCUUGACCGAUUUUGGAAAAGUGCUAAAUGGUGGAAUUGUGAUGGUUAAUUUCUACCCAAGGUUCAUUGAUUGUUCAUUGCCACCUGACUUGCCUAUUAAUCAGAAUUAUUCAUCACUGGAGCAGGUUUUAGCUCACUUCAACCACAUGAAACAGGUGAUGGGAUCUGCGAAUCACAUUGGGAUUGGAUCAGACUUCAGUGGAAUUGAAAUAGUCACAACUGGUCUGGAAGAUGUGUCAAAAUAUCCCAACAUUCUGGAAGCUCUUCUGGAAAAUGGAUGGACUAAAAGUGAAGUCAAGAAAGUAGCUGGGCUCAACAUUCUCAGAGUUUUGAAAGAUGCUGAAUCAGUGAAAUAUGAUUCAAUAUUUGGAAAAGGAGCAAGUGAGGACCUCAUACCUAGUGAAGAUUAUCAAGAGCCAAGAGUUUGUGGUUCAACUGACAUGUCAGAGAAAUUGUUGGAAGAAGUGAUGAGGAAUCAGGCAUGGAUCCGACAGAUGUUCGGAUCAAGAAGAAUGGAAAUAUCUUCUUCAGUUGGCAUCGAGUGCCAUUCGUUAACGGAUGAUCCGUUGGGCCUGAAAUUUUGGCGGUUAACUUUGAUGGCGUUUCUGAGGAUCCUGGUGUUGCUGGUCAUCGGUGCUGCGGCUGCUGGAGCGGACUGUGGUCCCGAGGACGGGGCGUUCGUGUGCCGAGACGUCUGCGGCGAGGAGGUGAGGGGCGCCGGUGGCUACGGGCGCCGCGUGACGUUUGUAGGAGCGACGCUGUUCCUGGACUGCGUCAGGCAGGCGGACUUGAAGGAAGUGAAGCUGCUGUCGCCGACGGUCUGCGUCGGACGUCGGUCCGAGAUGGAUCGAGUGGUGACGCCGUGGAGGUGGUGCGAGGAGGUCGUGCCACCCGAGCCGGAGAUCUCGACGGCGGCGGUUCCGCCGGUGGUGGAUGAGCCUCGCCUGGUGGCGCCGACGGCCAACUUGGCGGUCGUCCACGUGCCGGCGAGCAAAACGCCGUUCGUGGCUCGGGCGCCGCCCUCGACGCAGCAAAGCGUCGUGGUGGCCCAGGAGGUGCCCCAUGUCAUCAGGGCGCCAUCGUCGACGCCUGAAGUGACGGUCAACAUCAAGCAUGGUGUUGCGCACGUCGAGGCAGACGUGGACCCUUGGACUGCAAUGGUCCUAGUCUUCAUGGGCCUUGGGGGAGCUGGAGCCACGUCUCUGGCUGUCUUUUUGGUUUGGCUCGUCAAGUUCAUCAGGAACAAGUCAUCGUACAUGAGGGAGCUGGUGCGGAUGCUGACGCCGGAGGAUCAGCCAGAUCCAGAAGCCCAACCAGUGGUAGAUCUGCUGGGGCUGGAAGAGACGGAUAAACCCGUCGAGAACGUCAAGAAAGGGGAAAUGGUCCUUGAGGACACUAAUCCGUUUAAAGAGAUGUUUAACGCGAGUCGACAAAAGUUGAUGGGUCUCCUGGAGCUGGUGUCCUCAAACAUUGUUUCGCGAAUCGUUCGUUUACUAAGUGAUUUCGUGCUGUUGGGGAUCUUCAACUUCAUCAAGAAGAAAAUUCAGCUAGUGAAAAAUGGCGUUCCUGAGGAUCCUUGUGUUGCUGGUCGUCGGUGUUGCGGCUGCUGGGGCGGACUGCGGUCCCGAGGACGGCGUCUUCAAGUGUCGGGACGUAUGCGCAGAGGUGGUACGGGAUGCCGGCGGCUACGGACGUCGGGUGACGUUCAUCGGGUCAACGCUGUUCCUGGACUGCGUUUGUCAGGCGGAUCUCAAGGAGGUGAAGCUGAUGUCGCCAACGGUCUGCGUCGGGCGUUGAGUCGACAUGGACCGUGUAGUGACGCCUUGGAGGUGGUGCAAGGAAGUCGUGCCACCCGAACCGGAGAUCUCAACGGCGGCAGUUCCGCCGGUGAUGAGCCUUGCCCGGUGGCGCCGACAACCAACCUGGCGGUCGUCCACGUACCAGCGAGCAAAACGCCGUUCGUGGCUCGGGCGCCGCCCUCGACGCAGCAAAGCAUCGUAGUGGCCCAAGAGGUGCCACACGUCAUAAAGGCACCGUCGUCGACGCCUGAGGUGACGGUCAACAUUAAACAUGGUGUUGCGCACGUCAAGGCGGACGUGGACCCGUGGACUGCCAUGGUCCUGGUCUUUAUGGGCCUUGGAGGUGCUGGGGCUACGUCUUUGGCUGUCUUUUUGGUUUGGCUCGUCAAGUUCAUCAGGAACAAGUCAUCGUACAUGAGAGAACUGGUGCGGAUGCUGACGCCGGAGGAUCAGCCAGAUCCAGAAGCCCAACCAGUGGUGGAUCUGCUGGGGCUGGAAGAGGCGGAUAAACCCGUCGCAGAAGAGCAAAAGGAAGAGUUGGUCCUUGAGGACAAUAAUCCUUUUAAAGAGAUGUUGAACGCGUAAAUAUAAAAUCGCGUCAAAGAAAGAGAGUGCCAUUUUUCGUACCCGCGUUUUUAUAUGGGUAAAGGCAAUAAGAGAAAUUGUAAAAAGAA